AUGGAUGAGGAAUACGACAUCAUCGUCCUUGGGACCGGGCUUAAGGUCCGUUUCUCUCGUUUAGCUUGUCUUAUUUCUUUUCAGGAAUGUAUUCUCAGCGGCCUGAUGUCGGUUGCCGGGAAAAAGGUGCUGCAUAUGGAUAGGAACAACUAUUAUGGUGGAGAGAGCACGUCCGUCAACCCGCUUGAAAACUUAUUCGAGCGCUUUAAUAAACAAUAUCCAUCUGAUGAACGCUAUGGCCGAAGUCGGGACUGGAAUGUUGACCUUAUUCCAAAGUUUCUGAUGGCCGAAGGUAUUCGUUUUACACGAUAUUAUUUCGUAGGUAAAUUGGUCAAAUUGCUUCUCCACACUGGCGUGACUCGCUACCUCGAAUUCAAAUCCGUUGCGGGUAGCUAUGUGUACAAAGGAACCGAUGGGUCCGACAAAAUAUACAAGGUUCCGUGUGAUGAAGUUGAGGCGUUGAACUCAAGUAUGUUCUUUUUUCACUUUGUCUACUUGACCAGAGCUUAUGGGGAUUUUCGAAAAGAGGCGUUUCCGAAAGCUCCUCCUGUAUGCAGACCAGGUAGAAGAAGACAAAAAAUCAACUUGGAAUAACAUCGAACUCGACAGGUGUACGAUUAUGAAGGUUUUUGACCACUUUGGUGUGGAUUCCAACACCCAGGUACUUAAUUAAACCUUUUGCAUUACCUCCAUUUGGGGAUCUUUUAAAGUCACCCUGAUAUCAUUUAGUCGCCCAGGGCUAGACAUUUGCUAGCCCAUUUGACUUGCAAGCUAGUGCAGAUCUAGUAACCUGACUGGCUGAGAAUACUCGGUCUGUGCGAGGAAAGUAACUUUUCUGCUACACCCCCGCCCUGAUGCUCACCCGAGUACAUUUUCCACGUCACGCCUGGGGGCUCCCUUAUCGCAUACGUACGCAUUUUGUCCGGAAUUUAGGCCCCUAUUUAGCAACCUAAAUCGCCUCGGGCUAAAACGCCCUCAAUUCGCCCGGGAAAGCGCGUCAACCUACUGUCCCCGUGUGGACAGUGCCCGCUAGGAUUGCUGAAAAAUCCAGUCAAUCGCAACACUAGCCCGCGACUGGGCGACCGGGCUAGCCCUGGGCGAGUAGAAUGCUGUCAGGGUCAGUUGUGGACUAACAUGAUGUUAGCCGUUUUACGACUGCCUUGUGGAGAGGGAACUAGGAAUUUUAUUUGAGGUCCGAAAAGCCAUUUUUCCAUGCUCCCGCCAGUUGCGAUGACUAGUUGUCUUUGUUUUUAUCUAUUUUCGUCAACAAGUUCACAAAUUUAUGAACAUAGUUGGAAUCGACGCACGCAGACAUGGUGUCCUUUGCCGCUUUUGUUUGGAAGACUCAUGCUGUACUGUGUUUCCUAUUAGCACAACAGGCCUCCGAUUAAUUGUAUUUGGGGCAUCGUCACUCAUUAAGCACAAUGGCGUCUUGAUUGGCUUUUUCGGAGUUGUCUAUUCAGUAAAUUCCUGCUGUAAAGGAUUAACAGUGAUGUUUUCCUUUGAAAAAAUUGAAUUUUGCAUAGUUGGGCGCCUUCCUCAUCGGUGUGAGAUUUCAGCAAGGUGUUAGUUACACAAAGAUAAAUCCGUUGUCAAUCACUCUUGGAAGUGGGUAAUAGGCAGGGUGACCCCUACACAUCAACGGUAUUAGCACUAAAGGACGUUCACAAAGUGUGGAUGCCACGAAAACUUUAGUCGGUGUGGUCAUUAUACCUAGGCGUUUAAAGCCUGCUUCCCUGUGCGCAGUUUGCCGGGUGGUCUAUUCAUAAAAGCGACAAGCUGACACACAUCUGAUUAUGCGUUAUAGCACGAUCCGCGUGCUAUAGAGCCCUUUCAUUUAAAAGCAGGCAUUUAGCAGUUGUUCUUAAUUGCGGUCUGAAGACGUGAAAAGUAGCAAUAAGGUUUAGUCAUCUGCCUCACCACACCCAAAAUUGAAUGGGACAUUUAGAGGUCAUUGACGAAAGAAAUGAUACCCACAACUACAAGUCUUUCCGCGCAAGCUAGUUUCCACCUCCUUCAGUAGCAGAGUACUUCUAUACAGCCUUCCCCGGUCCCUUGGAUGUCAUUGAUCUCUCCAGUUAGCCAUGACCUAAUUCAGUCCGUUUUCCAGUAUCUAUGCAUUUUCUCGUUAUUUCUAUCAAGCUUCACUGACAUUUUUGUCAAAUACUGAGGUGUUCGUAAUUGCUUGUAGGACUUUAUCGGUCAUGCGAUUUGCCUGCACCAAAGUGAGGAUUACAAGACCAAGUGCAGUGCACUGGACUGCAUAAAAAGGAUGCAACUCUACAGCAACUCUCUGAUGCGUUAUGGAAAGUCCCCUUACCUCUACCCUCUCUACGGGUUGGGUGAGUUACCGCAGGGCUUUGCUCGCCUAAGCGCAGUCUAUGGUGGUACGUACAUGCUGAACAAACCGUUUGAUGGAUUUGUUAUGGAGAACGGCAAGGUGGUUGGUGUGAAGUCAGAAGGUGAAGUGGCGAGGUGCAAGCAAGUGAUUUGUGAUCCGAGUUACGCACCCGAUCUUGUCCGAAAAGUUGGCCGGGUACGCUUUCUUUUGGGAUUUAUAUUUUUUACUAUUCUCUUUGUACUCGAUGUACGUUUUUUUACGAGGACACAGUAAACGCGGUCUCCACUUUCGAAUUUGUGCUCAGACGAAAUCGGCGGCGUUUUACAGUCCAGUGCUAAGGCUGGUUUGCCUAUCCGAAAUCGACAGGGAGAUGUGCGCCACGCGUAGCAGGCAGCCAUGCUGUCCUGUCAUUGCGAACGACAUCACUGUAAGAUGUGGAAGUGCAUACGAGUGAUAUCGUUUUCGGCGAAGGAGAGGCGAAUUCGCCGAACUCCAUGCAGAUGUUUGAUUACUACGGCGUCACCCGAACAAAUUGUUUUAUCCUACCGCGGGGAUCGGAUUCGGGGUGGAAACGUUGACUAAGUAUUGAAUUGCAGUUCAGGGAAUCGCCCAACUGCCAAGUAAAUAUUUUGCUACGCAGUCGUUUCACAAAAUCUUUUGUGGUCACCGUCGUGGUCCAUCCUCUGUUAGCGGGAAUGAAGAGACCAGUUAUCCGAAAAUUCCCUCGUUCACAACUCUGGCGUAGGAGUUUGGGUGGAGGUUCUAGGCCCACCGUCUGUUGCUUUAUAUCUGACAGCGUUAUCAUUGCGGGAAGCCCGUCAAACCUCUGUGGAAUCUAAAUAUAGAGCGACCAGCUGAAUCCGAAGAGGUGCGUGUUAUACGCACACACCGCCGGAUUAUCAUUUGUUCACUGGCUUAAUUGACCCGUUCGAUGUGAACUUUCCCCAAAUUUGGAUGGACCUAGUCUCAUCGGGGAUGUAGAUUCUGUUUCCUAUUAUCGCAUGGAUUGACCCGAAACACUUGUCUUCUAAAUUUUCGUAAUUUUUACUCUAAAACUAACACUACUGGAGUAAGGUCCAGAUAAUCAUAGACAUUACGGGUUGCUGAAUAUAGAGCAUUAUGUCCUGCUCAUGUCCUUAUAGUUAAUGACCAAACAAUCGGUCAGUGCUCGAUGUCGAAGAGAAUAUGGUGCGACGAACUACUCUUAAAUUUUUGUUCCAACUCACAAAUGAGCCUUUCCUGUCCUCUUUUCCCCACCUUGUCUCAUUGAUUUUAGCGAUGCCGAAGGACCAGUUAUCAAUUUCUCGCCUUGUUCUUUUCAGGUGGUUCGGGCAAUUUGCAUCCUGGAUCAUCCCAUUCCAAACACCGCAGAUGCCCCUUCUUGCCAGAUAAUUCUUCCUCAAAAUCAAAUCGGACGCAAGCAUGGUAACUGUGCUUUGCAGUUUUGCUGACUUUACUCUAGACAUUUACAUAUCCUGCGUCUCAUCCGAUCACAAGGUUGCGGCUGACCGUUUCUUCAUCGCGAUGGUUGCCACUAUUGUCGAGACCGACAAUCCCCCGCGUGAAUUGGCGGCUGGCAUUCGUUUACUAGGUCCGAUGAGGGAAUGCUUUGUCAAGGACAGCGACCUCUAUGAGCCGAUUGGGCCCGGUACCGAUAAUCAGGUUUGUGCACCAUUUAUUUAUCAUUUGCAACCGGGUGGAAGAAAAACCGCACAUUUUUCGUUCCUUUUGCAUCUUGCCGCGUCUUCAGUCAGUACCAGUCUUGCCGUUGUUCCGACUUUUCUCACAAUACUUUGGCUGUACCUGUUCCCCAGUUGUGUUUAAAUGUCUCUAGGCCCCGACUUGUACGUGAUCACUUCAAGCUCUUCGCCGAUCACGGUUAAACUCAGGCCCAGAACUAUGCGCACAUGGCUUACUGCAAAAUUUUCCGGCAAACGUAAACAUUACAGUUCCCGCUUUGUAAGAGAUUAUUGACCCUAAGAACUGCGCGAAACCAAUUGGCAGUGAUGGUACCUCGGAGUCGAAUGUCUGGUUUCAAAUCUUAGGUUCCUCAGGUCCCGCAAUUUGGUUAUGUCCAUUUGAUGACAACAAAGUCAAUAACGACCCUUCACCCCUCCCUUAGUCUGUGUGCGUAUCUUAAGUGCACGGCCUACCGACCGUCCAGCCAAUGCGGAGCCACAGUUGUGCAUUGCAGGCGAAUGAGCGUUUUUUGGAGCGGCCUCUGCAUAGGUAGUUUCCUAUUGCAAAAGCUCGUCGCCUUAUUUAGUUGUUGGUUCGACUAGGGAAGAGCAAGUUUUUGUUUGUUAUGCUUGUCAUCCCACAAACGUGCUAAAAGUGUUUGUAAACGCCCUAGCUCUACACAACUUUAGACUGUGAGCGCAGGGCAUUGUAUCUUCUUAUUUUUUCGAACGUGCCGUCUCCACUACCCCCUCCCCACUUGGCGCCUUACGAUAAACCGGGGGGCGACUGAACAUUGAUUUUUUUCGCCCGCGACUUCUGAGUUUCAAGUCACUUGGAUCGGAGACAGAUUUGUAACGCUACGUACUUCAUCGCCUCUAGAAAAGCCGUCUAUCUCUAGGGCAAGCUGAUAAAGCCAGAGAGGGCUUUGACCUCUGAGUAACUGGGAGACGACUCUGUGAAGGGAUCUCAAUCACAGUCCUCUGCAAUUCUACGGAAUGCCUAACUGCUUGGCCCAUGUAAGCUGCCACCCUUCAGUUGCAGGCAACAUGCUUAGCUUGCGCCGGUGUAUACAUGCCCGCAGGUUUGCGUUAGUAGCGCUCCAGCCGCUCUCUCAUUCGUCUUUGGAGUCAGUGCGCUUGCCAGCUCGCCUGCUUUAGUCAUGCUGUUGCCACUUCACCACUGCGCGACGUCAGCAUGCCACCACUGUGCAAUGAACCUUAAAGCCAGGCCGCGCGCACUCCUUAGUCCUUUACAGAAUUUCUUUUAUGCCUGUGCUAUUUGUCGGCAGCUGCAAACUUCUCUUGACUUAUACUGAGCCUCUACCCAGGUCAUCUAAAGCCCUCAACUGGGGUAGAGCCGAAAGGUGGGGGACCGGCUGCGCCAGGUGUGUGUGUGCGUGCAUGUUUGUGUUCCCGGUCCCAGCUGGUGGCUACGGCUAUGAUUAGCUGGAUAAAGGCAAAAAAACCCGAAACAGUUCUGUAUCAGUGUACCCUCAGACUCUGUCGUCUCCCCUCUGCAAUUAUAGCUUGGCUGACUUCGGCCUGGUAGGUGGUUGGCUGUUCGUGACCCCUAGCAUCCCUAUGAAGCUUGUUUGCUUCGGGAAGCCAAUGGAUCAGUGUGGGCCCAUUCUGCGGAGUGCCGUGAACAGCCCCCUUAACCGAGCAAAAUCUCACUGCCCUGACAACGAAACCUACCAAACAGAACUGAAUUAUUUAUUAGAACUGUCUUCCAAGAAUGGGUAUCCUAGAGAUUUUGUACACCGAUGCAUGAGACAACAGGAGUUAAAAUAAAAGACACGGAACUGGAUUGUUCCGAUGAGGUGCCCAAACCAAAAAACUGACGAACACUUCCGUGCAUUUAAAAUGUGCCUGGACCAGUUAAACGACGCCUGAGGAAGCAGCAAAUACACGUGGCGCACAAACCGAAAACUACACUUCGUAACCAGCUUGUACACCCUAAGGAUAGGGUUGGCUAUUUAGAUAAGAAGUAAAUCGUCUAUGACAUACUAUGCGACACCUGUAAUGCAGUUUACUUUGGUCAAACUGGGAAAUCUGCCUCUACACGCUUACACGAACAUCAGUUGCCAGUAAGAAGGCGAGACCACUUGUCCCAGGUUGCCAUGCAUGCACUGGAAACUGGACAUAAAUUUGCAUGGAACAGGACGCGCAUUAUAGGUGUCUGCUCAUUCAUGAAAGGCCGUGAAUUUUUAGAGACCACUCAUUCUGAUAAGUUAUGCAUCAACCGGCACAGAGUUAGACGCUGUGUACAACAAUCUCAAGGGAAAGUGGAAAAGGCGUUAGCCAAUCGGAACGUGAUGCCCAAGCUAUAGUAAAGGCUGACCGACAGGCCAAUAUCGAUUUUGAGGCACGUUUCAAUUUCAACUGUUUUUCACACAUACUUCACGUCUGCGGAUGACUUGGGAACUGAAGUCGAAAAUUUUCGAAAUAAGUUAUGUUAUUUUUCGAAGUGACUUUAUUAUCUCCAAUUAUGCUUCUUAGGAUGCUCACUUUCAAAUCUUGAUAUAUAUAUAUAUAUAUAUAUAUAUAUAUAUAUAUAUGAUGGUAAGGGGAUGCUCACCGAUCGUUCUUACGGAACUCACUCGUUCCUUUGUGCCUUACGAGCUCUCUCUCGAGCCCAACCAGCAGCCGCACAGCGGCGCAUGAUAUGGGCAGUAUGUUAUUACCGACAAAGACAAGGGAGACUGGAAUGGUCAUUUGCGGCUUAUUAGCCGUUGUCAGCCAAUCAUACCCAACCCCGAAGUGUGGCACACUCGAGGCUCGAACUCGCGACCUGUUAGUUAGAAUUCCACGCCUCUAACCACUGGGCCACGAGCCGUUUGCGCUGUCGGUUUCAAUCGAGAAUAUACAGUAAUAAAGGGGCGCUCACCGAUUGUUCUUCCAGAACUCGCUCGUUCCGUUGUGCCUUACGGGCUCUCUCUCUCGAGCCCAACCAGCGCACACGCGUACGGUCUGCCAAAGGUUCACAAAAUUGGUGCCCCACUGAGUAUUAUUGUACCGCUCAUCGGAUCCCCUACUUACAAUUUAGUCAAGUGGUUGUACAAGCAUCCGAAAUCGUUAACUCAUGGAUCUCAGUGCAGCCUUAACAGCUCCCACGAAUUCUUCCACCGGAUUGAAGUCCUCAGUGUAAGCACUGAUGAAUGCCUCUUGUAUUUAGACGUCAUUGCCUUAUUUUCUUCUAUACCACACGAUUUGGCAAUUGACUACGUAGCCCAACGGUUACAGGAUAAUCCUGUUAAUAUCCCAGCGCAGCACGCUAUAGAACUACUCAAACUCUGCCUUAAGAACUAUUGUAAGUUCGACAAUAAGUACUACCAACGGGUGAAGGGAAGUCAAAUGGGCUCCCCAAUAUCCGGACUACUCGCCGAACUAGGGCCACAGCGACUAGAAGAUGAGCUUUUUCAAACUCUUAACCCCAGAAUGUGGCCUUGCUAUGUCGACGAUACUUUUGUCGUAAUAGAGAACCGCGAAAUCGAAAAGCUACAUCAGAGGCCGAAUGAUGUCUUUCCAGCCAUGCAAUUUACCCGUGAGGAGGCAGUUGGAGACAGUCUGUCGUUUCUGAGCGUAAAAAUACAAAGGCUGGACGACGGUAAUCUCGUGACCAGCGUCCAUAGAAAAGAGUUUGAUUCUGAGAUCAUCCUCAAUUAUGGAAGCAAUCACCCCGCGGCUCACAAAAAAAAGCUGCGUCCGAACUCUCUUCCACCGGGCCUACCGUUAUUGCAACAAUGACGAUCUCCUGAAAAAAGACCUAGCGUAUCUGUAUCGGUUAUUUCGAUCUAACAGAUAUCCGAUCAGUUUUGUGAAGAACUGCCUCAGGUGUCAGACACAACCUCGAGGCCACUUCUCAAAUGGAGAAAUCGUGACUUAGAAAUUCUUAUCCCUGCCCUAUAUGCAGGGGACCUCAGAAAUGAUCGCCCGUCAGCUAAACCAGUUCGGUAUCCGCGUUGCCCACAGUCGGUCAGGAACGAAACUGUCCAAUUGCGUCCUUCUUACUCAGCCAUGCGUUUCGCGGACGUGCCAACGAAGUCAUCGGAGAUGUCAUUUCAACCGAGCCGACAUCGAGUGCAGCUCUUGCCUUGCAGUCUUUGGUCUGCGAGGCUGGCGUAACAGCUCCUUCAACUUCACCGGCGAAUCUGCUUCUGACCGACUGCGAGAGGGGGGGGGCGGUGCGGCGAUCCAGUAGUGUGGAGCCGGCCGACUCAGUCUGGAUCAAUGACAUCAUGUAAGAGUAUGUAAACACACAAAUCUCUGUAUUAAGGAGCAAGUUGACACGGAUGAUGGGAGCUGGUAGAAUGCCCCGCUCCCCACUUUCAAAAAGCCGUCACAUUCGUGAUCGUGUCAUUUAUGGCUAACAUGAAGAAAGGGCGGAGACGCUUCCACAUCCUCUGGUGCCCGUGUCCACUUUUACCAGGCAUUCCUUGACAGGGGUCCGUGGGCCGGUGAGGCUGGUAUGACGACUUCCACGGGUAGGAUUCAGAGCCUGCCCCUGCCUGUACGCCAGUUACCCUCACUGUCGGAUGUCUGUCCGGUUACGCCGAUAUUUGUUUGCACUCAAACGCACUCAAACAUCUUUUUUUUAUGUCCAUUGUAGAUAUUCAUCUCAUCGAGCUACGAUGCCACAACCCACUUCGAGAGCACGUGUGAUGACGUUUUGAAUAUCUACGCGCGCGUGAUGGGAGAGAAGUUCGAUUUCUCGAAGGUCAAGGCUCGCCUGGACGACGAGUAG